AUGGCAGAAUCGCAAGGCGAAGUUGGCUCGCCACAAACUCCCUGGUUCUCUGCGGACGAACCUCGAAGAGCAAGGUCGGCCCGCCGCAAAUACAAGCGUGCAAAGGUGACCUUGCUGCAGACGACCUUGCGUAGCUCCCAUAUCGAGAAGAUUGGCAAGCGAAUGCGGCUUCCCGUAUCGGGCCACUGGGCGGUCGAGAUCCGCGGAGAGGCCUGGGUCUGGGAUUUGUCGAGUCGCUCCAUCGCCCAGACCGAGGGGUCGCUGCCUGGAUUGAUCGGGGAGCGGUUCGCUUCUGCUUAUCUGUCAGUGCUUCAGCGGAUGAUCAAUGUCUUUGCGCUGAGGCCUCAGGCAGGGUCCCGUGCUCAGAUCAAUUCCUGCAGUUAUGGGGAGUAUCUUGCGGAGCGAGAGAAGUGGACAGAGCCUUUGCUCUUGGGCACAACAGACGCGGGCCAAAAGCGCAUCAGGAAGUCCAUUCUUAGAAGAAACGAGGUCGUCAUGUUCUACUCGAUAUUCAGCAACAAUUGCCAGCACUUCAUACUAGAUCUUUGCGAGAGUAUCGCACUGCGACCCAGCGGCACUUCAAAGGCAGAGGGUGUUGAAUUCAGCUCGGGACUGGAUACUGAAUUUGCGAGAGACUUCUGGCCAAACGAGGGAGACACACGGAGCGGAUCUCUUUAG